UUUUCCAUCCACGAUGUAUCGUCCAUAUAUCGCGUGCCCAUACUCUUACAAGAGCAGGGAGUAUCGUCCUAUCUGAUACAGAGACUGAAAAUGGCACAGCUCUCCUCUCCCCAUGCUGGUAACAUCAUGUUCAAGUGGAGGGACCUGGCUGACAGGUAUGAUCGUAUGCUGAAGGAGGUAACCAUUGCUCUCGUUGGAAAGUACACACGACUAGAGGAUGCCUAUGCCUCGGUGAUAAAGGCCCUGAAACACUCUUCUCUCUCUGUCAGUCACAGACUCAACCUCAGGUACAUAGAGGCGACACACCUGGAGGUAGAUAUGCUGAAGGAGAAUCCAUCUAAGUAUCACGAGGCCUGGCAUCAGUUAGUUAGCUCCAAGUAAGUACCACAAGGCCUGGCAUCAGUUAGUUAGCUCCAAGUAAGUACCACAAGGCCUGGCAUCAGUUAGUUAGCUCCAAGUAAGUACACGAGGCCUGGCAUCAGUUAGUUAGCUCCAAGUAAGUACACGAGGCCUGGCAUCAGUUAGUUAGCUCCAAGUAAGUACCACAAGGCCUGGCAUCAGUUAGUUAGCUCCAAGUAAGUACACGAGGUCU